AUGGCAGGGUUGCAAGACCACGGUCCUGUUGAUUGCUCCCUCGACAUCGACGGGAAUAAUAUCAGGAGAAGGACAGCAAUUGUGACGGGCGGUGCGAAUGGGAUCGGCAAAGCGUAUACCCGUGCCCUCGUCGCCGCUGGUGCCGACGUCACAAUUGGGGACCUCAACGCGGCCGGUGGGGAGAGACUUGUCUCUGAAUUCCCUGGGAAAGUCCACUUUGUAAAAUGCGAUGUGACUAGUUGGCAUGACCAGGCUCGACUACUCCGAGAAGCAGCAUCUUUCUCUCCAACCAAUCAAGUCCACUUUGUGGUUGCGAACGCAGGAAUGAUUCGACAAGAUGAGGUCUUCGCCUACGCCGAGGAGCCAAUGAGCCAGAGCUAA